AUGCAAGCCUCCAAGAUACAUGGUGAUCCCGAUGAGACAGUCGUCAUGUCACGGCUCCCUCCUCCAAGCUCCAAUCCAUCCAAAAAAUCCCUCGACCCAUUAAUUCACCUCCUAGCCGGCGCGAGCGGUGGCUUUGCAACAGCAAUUGUAACAUCACCACUUGAUGUCCUCCGAACACGUCUCCAAUCCGACUUCUAUCAACCUAUCUCUCAACCCGGCGCCUCCGCAACUCCUCUUCCCCCGAAAACAAGCCAUAAGACCCUCCACAUAAUUUCAAAUAUCCACAAAGCUGAAGGAUGGCGCGCCUUCUUCCGCGGUCUAGGCCCAAGUCUUGCUGGCGUGGUCCCAGCAACAGCUAUUAAAUUCUAUGUCUACGGAAACUGCAAGCGCAUCGGAGCUCAACUCCUCGGUCACGGCGAAGACUCUACCAUUGUCCACGCACAAGCUGCUAUCUCCGCUGGUAUUGCAACAGCAACUGCUACCAAUCCGAUAUGGCUAAUAAAGACUCGACUGCAACUUGAUCGAGCCCAAACAACUACCGGCACCCGGCGAUACAAAAAUAGUAUCGACUGUGCCAAACAAGUUUUUCGACAGGAGGGAAUCCGAGGCAUGUACAAGGGUCUCAGCGCUAGUUAUCUAGGAUCCGUUGAGACAGCGCUGCACCUGGUUCUCUAUGAGCGAUUGAAGGGUAUGAUGGCUAAGUCGCUUGGAUCUCCUGAUGGUAAGGAAACUGCGAUGCAGAAGGAAAUUACCAGCUGGAUUAGUACAACUGGUGCUGCGGGUUCGGCCAAGUUUGCUGCUGCUUUGAUUGCCUAUCCACACGAGGUUAUCCGAACACGACUUCGUCAAGCACCCCUCGAGAACGGCAUGCCCAAAUACACUGGUCUACUGCAAUGCUUUAGACUAAUUGCCAAGGAAGAAGGUAUGGCUGGUCUAUACGGUGGUCUGAUGCCACAUAUGGUCCGCUCGAUUCCCUCUGCCAUCAUCACACUUGGAGUUUAUGAGUUUGUACUCAGACUCGCGGACUCUUCAUAA